CUACGCUGGGCGCGCUGGAGUUCAGCCUGCUCUACGACCAGGAGAACAGUUCCCUGCACUGCACCCUCAUCAAGGCCAAAGGCUUAAAACCAAUGGACUCAAACGGCCUGGCGGAUCCCUACGUCAAACUGCACCUCUUGCCUGGAGCCAGCAAGUCAAAUAAGCUGAGAACGAAGACUCUGCGCAACACCCGUAACCCCGUGUGGAACGAGACCCUGGUGUACCACGGCAUCACAGACGAGGACAUGCAAAGGAAAACGCUCAGGAUCUCCGUGUGUGAUGAAGACAAAUUUGGCCACAACGAGUUUAUUGGAGAAACUAGAGUUUCCCUGAAAAAACUCAAAGCCAAUCAGAAGAAGAACUUCAACAUCUGCUUGGAGAGAGUAAUACCAAUGAAGCGUGCCGGAACGACCGGCUCAUCCCGAGGGAUGGCACUGUACGAAGAGGAGGUAAGAGUAGAUCGCGGUGGGGACGUGGAGGAGCGCGGGAAGAUCCUCGUGUCCCUCAUGUACAGCACCCAGCAGGGCGGCUUGAUUGUCGGCAUCGUACGCUGCGUGCAUUUAGCAGCCAUGGAUGCCAACGGAUACUCCGACCCUUUCGUUAAACUGUAA